UGAGCAAAUGGAAGAGCGCAAAUUCGCGAGAGCAAGAAACGAUAGAGCGAGUGGGCAAGCGAAUGAACAAGAGUGGUUAGAAGGGAGCACAAGUGAAAGCAAACAAAGAGCGAGUUUGGGCAAGCGAAAAGUGAACAAGAUUGAAGAGGUGAUUAAACUAAAGCAAGUGGGAGAACGAAGAUAUAAACAAGCGAAAGUGAACGAAAAUAGACAAGAGCGUGAGUGA